AUGGAGGCCACCUUACGAAGAACUGUCACAAAUUUUACGGAUGUCAUUUUUCCGGUUUCGAAGAAUGCACAGGAUCCAAAUCAACAUCAAAUUCUUAAAACAGGAAAUGAAUAUGUUUCCAACCUGCCACUACAGAUGGCCCUGUAUUUCAACAUGUUCUUCAUACCUUUUUGGUUAACAUCAAUACUUGUGUGUUUUGAAAUAAAGUAUACCCGACUCUCUAUCUUGUAUGUGAUUGUGCUGAUAGCCAUCUACAUUGUGUUUACACUCAUAGAAAUCAUCCGCUUAUAUAUAGGAUACACAGGCAACUUAACAGAAAGGGUCCCUGAAUUGGCUGGCUCCUGGCUGUUAACACUACUGAUACAGUUACCACUCAUCUUGCUCCUGACGUUUAAUGAGGAUGCUAUUCUGCUACCACUUGAGCGAGCUGUUCACAUUAUCGAGGCCCUGUUUGUUGUGUUUGAGUCUGUGUGUGGGUACUUUGCUAUCAGGGCAAUGGUGAACUAUCAGGUGACAAAAUUUCACUUGCGUCAAUUUACAGACCUGGAGCAGCUUCCAGGGGAGGAAGUGCACUGGCAUGAUGGCUAUGACUCAUACCAUCAGAACCUCCUGACGUAGUGAAGGAACAGUUGUUUAAUCCUGGUGAAUAUUAAACUUAUCCAAUACCGACAAGAGAGUACCUAGUUACUACAACAAUUAUUAUGACAGAAUCUAUGCAUUGUACUUUCUGGUCGUAUUGUAAAUAUUUCGUAAAGUGAAAGUAAAUAUAUCUUACAUCAACUGAUACUGAAUGCAAAAAUUUGGAUUCCGUCCAUUAUGUGAAUGACAAUAAAAAAAGAAUUGUAUUGUGGGUUUUAUGAGAUGGAAACACAGUCCAACAGUACAUAUCAAAUUAUUACCCACACAGAUUCAGUUUGUGUUUAUGAAUUGUAAUUAGGAUGAAGUUUAAGAAAAUAUUAUGUAUUUUCAAGUGUUUAUUAGACUGUAUGAGGUCUAUAGUUACAUGAUUAUCUAAGUUUCCAAAUACAAAAUUGAAGGUCUUUGUAUAAAUACAAGGCCAUGAAUCAUGAGUUUUUUAUCUGUUGAUUAUACGCGUCUGGUAUGAAAAGUGAUGAAAUAUUUUGAAAUUUAUCUUAAUGGUACGUAACUACUUUCAGAAUUACAAUUUAUAUUUAUAGUUUGCAUUUUGGAUUUCCAUUAAAUCAGUUUUAAUCUGGGUUGUAUGCACAAGAAUCUGAAUACAUUCCAAGAUCACUAAUAUCAAUAAUAUGACAUCAUUUGGCACUUUGUUUACCAAUGUCACAUCAACUCUUGGUACAAUUCACUCAGAUAGCUAUACAUAAAGCAUUCAGAUGAAUGUGAUUUUCAGAAAGCUAUUCCAGUUAAAAAGCAUACAGGUAAAAACUAUACUUUAUUUGACUCAAUACAUGCAUUAUACUAUUUGAAGAGAAUUUCUGAAAUGUGAAUAUUACUUUUUAAGGUCAUCAGGUUGUGUAUAUUGUCACUAUGAUCAUUCAAUUUAUCUGUCGCCCAGAUGUCAUUAAUGUUGACAAUAAAUACACACUGCUUACCAUUAUAUAGUUAUAUACAUACCAAAUGGUUGUUAAAGGUCAGGUAUCACAUUCUGUCAAAAAAGAAAAUUAUUGUCAUUCAGGAAUAAUAUGAUUAUUUAUUAUUUAUUAACUUUUAAGAUAACCCAUAGAUCUGAAAUUCACUUGGUUUCUUUCAUUAUUAAGAUUAAAUUAAUGAGAACACUAGAAUGACAAUAAGGUUGUGCUUUAAUUAAGGUUUUUAUAGUGCUACAGAGUGUCUAUAUAAUAUUUCAGUGAUUAUAUAUUUUGCUAAGCUAAUGUCUUAUAUGUGGUAUGAGAAAAAGAUGAA